UCUUUCCCAAUUCAAAUCCCGUCUCUUUCCAGAGCUCUGCGAAGUUUCUCAGACCUCGCGGCUCCAAACCCAUCACGAUCUUCACAAAUCCUUAGUGGGUUUUCCAUUUCAGCUCUCCAAGUUACCAAUUUUCUGUUAAAGUUAAGGCCUUUAAUAUUUUUUUUUUUCAUUUAAUUCUGCUUCCUUAUUGGCUAAGUUUUUUGUAUGGUUCAUUUUCUUUGACUUGUAUUCUAGGUGGAGUGAUUAAUUUACUUGAAGUUGAAGAUGCGUGCUUGUGUAGGCCAUGAUUAUCAGCUCACAAUUUCUGGAGAAUCUUUGAUUAUUUUUUUCUUCCAAGGAUUUUUUAAAUAAUCGUUGUCCGCUAUUUUCAAUUAGAAGUAUAGGGUUGUUUUAUAGCAUUUCUCUUUUAAUAUUUUAAUAUUGACCAAUUGGGUUGGUGAACUCUUUGCACCCAAAUCAGCAAAUCUUCUGCCACACUUCAGUGGAAUCCUUGAAGUUUGAUCUCUCUUUUUUUUUUUUUUUUUAAAGGAUGGCUUUGGCUUGCCAGGAAGUUCCGCCGUGGACCUUAGGUGUUAUUGUAGGAGCUUUUCUCGAGCUUGCUCUGGCUUAUUUCCUGCUAUGUGUAUCUGCUUUUGUGUUUUUUGCAUCGAAAUUUUUGAAGAUUUUUUGGGUUUAUUUGCCAUGUCCUUGUAAUGGGUUCUUGGGGUAUAGAAACCGUGAUCUUUGCUUGCAUAAGUUACUUAUUGAUGGGCCAGUUGCAAGGAUCCGUGUUGUUCUGGAGUUGGUGAAGAGCAAGUUCCCUUUUGAUGUUGUUUGGUCUAAGGAUCAAAGGUCCAACUUGAAUUUGAAAUUGAUUAGAGAUGUGAAUUGUGAGAAUGGAGUUCAUGAGUUUGAAAGUGAAGCAUAUUCUAGUGCGUAUUCAAGUCCAAAAUUGCAAAAUUUGGUUGAUAGGGAAAGUGGGUAUGAUACCAAGGGGAAGAGGAUAAUGGUUCUAAAGAAAAGGCCUGGAAUUCGACGCUCUAGGAGGGCUGCUCCUGAAUACGGAAAGCUUCCUUCUCCAUUGUCAAAUGAUAGUUUGAGGUCAGCUGCUCGUAUAUUCCCCUUUCCAUGUGAUGACAGAGAUACAAGAGAGACAUCUGGUGAAAGCUCAGUUGCCGUAGCUGGGAGAGAAGAUGGUUCUCAGGAUGAUGCGAAAGCACCAACUGGAGAUAAUAUGGAGGAAUGCCAAACUUCUAAGUUGAGUGGACCAGCUGGUGAGAGUAAGGGUGUGGACAUAAAAGAAAAGGCUCCUAUUGUUGGAAACGAAAUGGAUACAAUCAGGAUAUUGCAAGAAGCGCUGCAAAAAGAGAGAGCUUCUUGUGCUGCUCUUUAUCUGGAGCUAGAGAAAGAGAGAGGUGCCGCUGCAACUGCUGCUGAUGAAGCGAUGGCCAUGAUAUCGCGUCUGCAAAAGGAUAAAGCAUCAAUAGAAAUGGAAGUGAGACAGUACCAAAGGAUGAUAGAAGAAAAGUUUGUUUAUGAUGAAGAGGAGAUGGAUGUUCUGAAAGAGAUUCUUCUUAGGAGGGAGAAGGAGAACCAUUUCUUGGAGAAGGAAGUUGAAGCAUAUAGGCAGAUGAGCUUUUCAGGAAAAGAACAAUGUAAUGGUGAUUUGAGUGAUAUGUUGCGUGAAUUGGGACAAAAGUCUUCACCUUCAUUUAAUACAGAUCCUCUAAUGAUGCUGCAGCAGACUGAUGAUACUAAAUAUAACUGUAAGAAAUUCGGAGAUAUUGCAGAUAGUAAUUCUGAAUAUGAGGCUUCAUUUGUUGAAAAACAAAUCCAUCAUAAUGGGCAUGGUUCAAUUGAGAAAUGUGUUAUUUCAGCAGGGGAAGAAAAAGUACACACGGAUGAUGUAAUGUACCAAGGAAUGACCACUCAAGCAUCCCAGGAGAAUAUUGAUAUUGAGAAAACCUUAUAUUCUGAUGAUGAAGAGCAGCAGCAACGUGGGAAUAUUGAGAGCAGUUUGCAUAGUUCAAUGCUUGAUACAGAGCCAGCUGUUUAUGAUGUUCAUGUCAUUGAUGGUAAAACUGAACUUUGGAAAGAAGAAAGUAAAUCAUCAAUUUAUACUGCAUUGGAUGGAUCCCAGGAUUUGACUCAUACAUUUGGAGCUUCUGCAAGCAGUGAGUUAGUACAAGCUUUUCAAAGCACAAGCCGGGUAGAUACUGAACCUAAAGUUAAUACAAGUUCUUUGGAAAUGCAUUGUGGGUUACCAAUGUUGGAUAACUCCCAAUGCAAAACCUUGGUCAUUGACUCAACAAAGAAUUCUUUGUCUGCAGUAAAUAGUGAAAGGUGGAAGAUUGACACUGAGGUUGAACUUACAAAUGCUAGAAGAGAUAAAAGAGAAGUUAGCUUCCUCUUCCUCUUCUGAGCAUGGAGAAAGUAAAAAAUCUCCAACAAAGCUUUUGGAGGAGAUCAGGACUCCGCCAGGCUUCUUUACCUCCGUUGUCUUCUAAGGUGCAUUUGAAGAAAAGACGCUGCCAAACUACGUCCUUGUAAGCACUUCAAUCCGCAAGUUCCUAAAACGUGUACAGUAAUUCCCAGAUUUGUGAACAAUGUGAGGGCUGAUGCUUCAAGUCUACUAUAUCUGAUUGAUGGUUAAAAAGGAAACUGUAAUUCUACUAUACUUGUAUAUUUCCACUGCAAAGGUUUGUAGUUAGAUUUUAGCUGUCUGUCGGUUGCUUGCUGUAAAUAACUUUUGUGUAUCAAAUUUUGAAUUUAGGGAAAAUGGAUCACAGCCAUGUUCUCAAGUGAUCUGUCCCACCUUCUCUUGUUGGCAAAUGGGUAGGAAGAGAAAAUGUCCCCCAAAUCAUAGCCACACCAUAACUUAUGGGUCCGAAGGCUGCAGAUGAAUAUAAUUAUUGUCCUUCAACUC